AGCGUCUGGUUCUCCCGCCCCCGCUCCUACGGAAAGGGCUCUCGUCAGUGCCGCGUCUGCGCCCACCAGGCCGGUUUGAUCCGCAAGUACGACCUCAACAUCUGCCGUCAGUGCUUCCGUGAGUACUCUGCUCAGAUCGGCUUCGUCAAGGUACGU